GUCCCUUUAAGAAACAUGACACAGGAAGAAACUGAAAGUUCUUCCUGGGAAACUACCAGGAUCUCCGUCGACAUUAUUUCUCCUUUACAGACCAACACCAACAGAGAAAUGGCCUCCAGCAACAGUUUCUUAUCCGAGGAGCAGCUUGUUUGUCCCAUCUGCCUGGAAGUGUUCACUCGGCCAGUUUCCACUCCAUGUGGACACAACUUCUGCAUGUCCUGCAUCACGUCCUACUGGGACGACAUACCAGUCAGCCUGUGCCCGGUCUGUAAGGAGACUUUUGAAAGGAGACCGGACCUUAAGGUCAACACUUUCAUCUCAGGGCUUGUAUCGCAGUUCAUGUCGCUUCAAGUGACAGACGAUCACAUCUGGAGCCUGGCCCAACAGCAGGCUCGUGGUGGUGGAGCGGUGCUGUGUGAUAUCUGUACGGACACCCAGCAAGAGGCUGUCAAAUCCUGUCUGGAGUGUCUGACUUCUUACUGCGACGUCCAUCUAGAGCCUCAUCACAGAGCUGCCGGCCUGAAGAGACACACACUGGUUGAGCCCAUGGCGAGCCUGGAGGACAGGAUCUGCAAGGAGCACUCUAGACUACUGACGUCAUUCUGCAAAAACGACGAGGUUUUGCUGUGUGACGUCUGCGCCGGUUCGCGCCACAUGAACCAUGACGUCGUUCCUGUGCAGCGAGCGUACAAAGAGAUGAAGGCUCUGCUGGGGGACGCUGAGGCCAAAGUGCAGCAGAUGAUCCAAGAAAGGCUGCAGAAGGUCCGAACCGUGAAGGAGUCAGUAGAACAAAGCAAGACAGAAACCAAAGAUGUGAUAGCAAACAGCGUGCAGGACUUGGCGGCGCUGGUCUCUGAGAUCCAGAAGAGCCAGGCGGAGCUUGUGAAGGUGAACGAGGAGAAACAAAAAGCAGCAGAAGAACAAGCAGGUGGGUUUAUUAGCGGUAUGGAGCGAGAGAUCACCGAGCUGCAGAAGACAACGAUGAAGAUGAGGGAGCUGAAACAGACUGAAGACCCAUUUUGUUUCCUCAAGAGCUCUCCAAACCCAUCCAUCCUCCCACACACGAUGGACUUGUCCACAUUCAGCUUUAACAGACAAGUGGAGAUACACCACAUACGGAAAUCAUUAAGCACACAAGUCUCUCAACUGCGAAUGUUGCUGAAUAAAAUGAGCACAGAAAUACAAAAAGUCUCUGACGGCACAGAUGUGUCAAAUGAUGCUACGCUGAGUUAUAUGCAGCAGUAUGAAGUGGACGUUUUGCUCGAUCCUGAUACAGCUCAUCCUCUGCUCGCUAUAUCUAAUGACAGGAAACAGGUGAGAUACGGGAUGGGUUCAGGUUUGUGGGUAAACCAGAACCCGAAUAUGUUUACAGAACAUCUCGCAGUUCUGGGACAGAGAGGCUUCUCGUCAUGCAAGUUUUACUUCGAGGUGUUUGUGGGUGGAAAGAUUGAAUGGUGUCUGGGCGUGGCCACGGCGUCGGUCCAGAGGAACGGGGUGCUUGCUCAGGUUCCUCUCUGUGGACUCUGGGCCAUCUGCUUCCUACAGGAUAAGUUUGAAGCCUUCAGUUCUCCAAACGUGCCGGUACACUUGGGGAAAGUGGAGCGGGUCGGCGUGUUUGUGGAUUGUAACGAAGGGAAAAUUUCUUUCUAUGACGUACAGACCGCAACACUCAUUUACUCGUUUACUGACUGCUUCUUUAUUGAAGAACUGCAUCCCUACUUUAAUCCGUGUGAUAAUGAAUAUGGACCAAACUUUGAGCCGAUGAUAAUUGUUCCUGUCAGUCGUACGGAGUAAUUUGUGGGUUAUUUAAAAUGCAACGGAUGUGUUUGAUUGCAAAAAGCAUGGUAAAGCAGCUUUUUAUAAUCAUAAAAUAUGUAACGCAUUUAAGGAGAUGAACCAUCUUCUUUUGCCGAUUUCCGUCUCUAUUGUGUUUCAGUGUGCCUUAGAUCCAAUCUGUGACUUUACAUAGGAAAACACUAUGUGUACACAUCAGUAGCUUGAUUAAUUAUUUAAUUUUGAGAAAAUAUCAAGUGGAGGGAAAAAAAACAGAAGAGUAAAUUAAAAAGA